AUUUCGUAAUUUAGAUGAUCUCGCAAUUGAGUUUCUAGGGUUUAGCUAUAAAUCCUUCGCCGAACGUUGUUGUCUGUCUCUUCACUAGCACGACGCAGCUUCACUCUCACUUCAACAAUGGCCUUCGUCAAAGCACAAAAGUCAAAGGCAUACUUUAAGCGAUACCAGGUCAAAUAUAAGAGAAGGAGAGAGGGGAAAACGGAUUACAGGGCUAGGAUUCGUCUAAUCAACCAGGACAAGAACAAGUACAAUACUCCCAAGUACCGGUUCGUCGUGCGAUUUACGAAUAAAGAUAUUGUUGCACAAAUAGUGUCCGCUAGUAUCACUGGAGAUAUGGUUCUGGCUGCAGCAUAUGCCCAUGAGUUGCCUCACUAUGGACUUGAAGUUGGUCUUUCAAAUUAUGCUGCAGCUUAUUGUACUGGGCUGCUUCUGGCUCGCCGUGUCCUGAAAAAGCUUGAGAUGGAUGAUGAGUACCAAGGCAACCUGGAGGCUACUGGAGAGGAUUAUUCUGUUGAACCGGCAGAGAGCCGAAGGCCAUUCCGUGCACUACUUGAUGUUGGCCUAAUUAGAACAACUACUGGGAAUCGUGUUUUUGGUGCUCUGAAGGGUGCACUGGACGGUGGAUUAGAUAUUCCUCACAGUGACAAGAGGUUUGCUGGAUUUUCUAAGGAUUCUAAGCAGCUUGAUGCAGAGGUUCACAGGAAGUACAUUUAUGGUGGUCAUGUUGCAUCAUAUAUGACGACCUUGAUGGAAGAUGAACCAGAGAAGUAUCAAUCACAUUUCGGUUUAUAUGUCAAGAAAGGACUUGAGCCAGACAACCUUGAGGAACUCUACAAGAAAGUUCAUGCAGCCAUUCGUGCUGAUCCAACUGCUAAGAAAUCUGAGAAACAGCCACCAAAAGAACACAAGAGGUACAACUUGAAGAAGCUCACAUACGAGGAAAGAAAGGCUAAAUUGAUCGAACGCCUAAAUGCUCUCAAUGCUGCUGCUGGGGCUGAUGAAGAUGAUGAUGAGGAUGACGAGUGAGAGAUUUUUUGGAAGAAUUUCUGCAACUUCUAUUUCCUUACAAGAUCGAGACACCUACUGCUAACUGGAAUUCUAUACCUGGAAUUAUUGUCAAUUUUGGGAGAACCUGUUUACUAGUAUUGUUGCUUGGAUUUCUCGUUUAGUGAGACUAGCAUUGGAUAUUUGUUCACCGUGAAAUGCAAUUACAUUACUUGGUUUAUUUCCUA